AUGGCUGAUUGGGCCGAUGGCAAGACAUGUCGCCCGGUUUUCCCACUUGAAAUUCACGUCGCAGCACCGACUAUGCAAUUGCCUGAGUCGCAACAUCUCGUCCGCACGACUCAGCAUGCCCUCGACGAUCUCAAUGAUUUCGCCGCCCACCACCUGCGUCUCAAGUUGACAAACGACACAGCUGCUUAUACCGCGCAAGGUAGUGAACAUAGCACCUAUGUUGCUGGAAACAUGGUGGAUGAUGGGCCAGACACGGCAUUGACCGUUCGUGUGGUGUCCCAGGAGGGUCUGGCUACCCCUAGGUCCGAACUACGCGCAGACACAACUCAGCUGGACAUCUUCUACCCACCGAGCCAGGUGCCCAUUCCUUCAUCUUCAAAUCCACCACUCUCUGUCUUCAUCGCAGAAGAGUUGCAACGGUUGUAUAGCGAAGAGAAAGCCACCAUUGCCCAUAUCCUUUCUGGGGACAACUCCGGUCGUGACUCGGAGCGCAUCAGCCGACGGUUGCGUCGGUCAAUGAAGUACGCCGAUACAUAUCAUCUAUCAUUCUCCUUGUUUACUCCUGGCUCUGCUCCGUCCUCGUGGGAUAUCGAAGCCGCUGUGCAAGAGUACCUAUCACCUCUCCUUCACGCAUUUGGACCCAUCAGCAAUUUCACCAUCGACACUCAGGUUCAGCUUUAUGCCACCUUUUCACCCAUGGCACCGCCACCUAUAUACGAUGAGGAGGAGUCGGCAUGGACAUUGAAGAAGGAGGAUCUCAGUGCCUUUAUCAAUGCCGCUGAGUGGCCACUGAACCCUAGCAUUGGCAACGGGCCAACCCUCAACUUCAUUCUUUACGUGCCGGAUCCUUCUCAAUCGCCGAUGAUUGUCAAGGAGAACCAUGCAUCCAGCUGGAUUGUGCCACAAUGGGGUGGUGUCUUCCUUCUCAAUCCGCCUCUUGAACAGUCAGGCAAGAGCGGCAGCCAAACGAACCCAGCCCAUAUCACUCAAGAGUCAUUGCGCCCGGCUUUCAUGACCUUUUCCCAUCAACUUUUGACUCUCUUGGGCACCCCUACUACUCCCGCUUCUCUUCCGCUCCGCCUCCAAUCGUUGAUUCGCGUCCGUGCUGCAACUCUCCUUCUUUCCGCGUCAUCUACUAUGGGCUCUCUAGCUCGUCUCACCGAAUCCCUGCCUUCUAUCCCCAUCCCCGCUACAGUCGCAUCCUCUGUCUCCACGACACUUUCCCAUCUCUCUUCCACAUGCUCUCAUCUCCGUGAUGGCCGCUUUGGUGCUGCUCUCGCCAGUGCUCGGAUCGCAGAGACCGAAGCUGAGCGUAGCUUCUUCGAGAAGAGCAUGGUUGGCCAGGUAUACUUCCCAGAUGAGCACAAGGUUGCCGUCUACCUACCUCUAUUGGGUCCUAUUGGUGUCCCAUUGCUGGUCAGUCUGAUGAAGGAGCUGAAGCGGCUUGUAGCAGGAUGGAAAGCGCGAAGACGAUCCACAUCAUAG